AUGAAAGGGAUAUUAAAAGAGGAGUAUCAAGUUCAAGGGAUGCGGAGAUCCGUUGAAGCCGUGCUUGUAGUGCACGAAUACAGUCAUCCUCACAUUCUUUUGUUACAAUUGGGCGUCAGUUUUUAUAAACUGCCUGGCGGCGAACUAAAACCGGGAGAAAGCGAAGAGGAUGGCAUAAGGAGGCUGAUUACCGAAUCGUUAUGCGCAGAAAAUUCUAAAAGAGUGGACUGGGAGGUCGUGAGUACACUGUGCAGCUGGUGGAGGCCCAAUUUUGACAACUGCUUGUACCCGUACAUAUGCUCACACAUAACAAAACCUAAAGAACAAAAAAAAGUUCUACUAAUACAAGUCCCUGAAGUGUACACUUUUGUCGUGCCGCGUAACUGUAAGCUGAUUGCAGUCCCUUUAUUUAUGCUCUACGGGAAUUCGCAGACGUACGGGCCCAUCAUCUCGUCACUGCCUGUUAUACUUUCCCAGUAUAAUUUUAUAUUUCAUGCUUCUUUUGCUCCAGCCGAAAUUACUUCUCAAAAAAUUUGUCUAAAUUCGGAAGAAAAAAGUAUUUUUUUAAAUAUUUCUUACAUAAAUGCUAUCGAUGCGAUCGCAAUGUUUAGAGGUUAA